AAGUAGCAACUAGUUCAGAGACUCACAAGAAGAAGAAGCAGAAAGAGACACGAUGGCUCAAUUCAGAUGGAUUAUAAUCUAUUUUUUUCUGAUACCAAUGCUUCAGUUUACAGCAGCAGCAACCCCCUCCUUCACUGUCAGAGUUGGAGAUGAAGUCACUUUGCCUUGUGAACAUGUGAUCGAUGGUCAGAAGGGUAAUAGUACUACCUGGGUUUUCAGUGAAUUAGAAAACACACCAAAAGUAGUGCUGAUUGGUCGUGGGCGGAUUACUGAAAACGCUAAAGCAGACAGACUGAGUGUUACAGAGAAAUGUUCUCUGGUUAUAAAGAAGGUCACAGAGGAGGAUGCUGGUCUUUACACCUGCAGACAGUUCAACAAAUCAGGACAACAACAAGGUGAAGACGCUUUGGUUGAACUGUCCAUUGUCACCAUGACUGAACAUAACAGUGCUGACGACGUGACGUUACACUGCUUUGUGUCGACAUAUGAACGGUGUCAACACACAGUGAAGUGGCUGUUUCAGUCUAAAUAUGUGGAAAUAGAUAACCAAGAUUUGAGGACAUCACAGUCUCCUUGCUACACCUCUGUGACCGUUCCUACUUCUCAUUUUAGUUACACAUCAAGGUAUCAGUUCUUUAGGUGUGAAGUGACUGAAGGAGACAAAGUGCAGGAGUUUCCUUUCAGCCCACAGUCCUCAAGUGAGAAACCAGGUGAGGACACAAUAACAACAACAGAAUCAACAAAACAAAACCAAGCAAGUACCAAUGAUGCCUCACCAAAUUUACAAGCUGGGACAGGUUGGUCUGCUCUGGACUACAUCAUGUUGGCUCUGCAUGUGGCUGAAGUCCUCCUAAUGACUGUGAUUACUGUUCUCCUCAUCAGAUCUUGAGAUAAAUAAUGAUCAAGCUGAAGAUGAUGGCGUGGUGAACUAUGUAAACUUUAUAGAGCCUUCCUUCUCUGUCAGACUCCCCUGAUCAAUAACUCUUGUUAACCUUCUUAAAUUAUCUUCUAGCUGCAGAUUUCAGAACUGAUUUUAAGAUGUACUGCUUGUUAUUGAAGCUCCAGCAGCUUGUGCUCAGUUUGAUGUCUCUGUGUACAGAAGAACUAAUUUGAAUCUGCUUUCAUUGAGCAUUGUGUGUGUGUGUGUGUCUCUUCUUUUACUUGUUACAUAUUAAGGACCACAACAAGUUUUUAGCCAACAGAGUGAGGAAAUUUUGGCUGGUCCUCACAUUUCAAAGGCCUGUUUGAGGGUUAAGACUUGGUUGUGAGUUUCAGGUCGGAAUUAAGUUUAGGUUAGACAAUUAGUUGUGAUGGUUGAACACAAAAAAAUACAUCUUACUCAAUUAAAUGUACAAUGAGUGUGCGUCUCUCCUCCGAUGAUUUCCUCACGUCUCUCACGUGCCUGCUUGGUGGGAGGAACAAAGACGCGAGGAAGGGAGACAAGUAGAGGAAUCGAGAAGGCAAUUUAAGUGACAUGAGGAGCACCUAAUGUCUAAUAUCACAAUGUCUGUUGUCAGUUGUGUGUAUUCCUGCUCAUUCUGCCUCUCUGUCACCCCACUUCAGCCACAUUUCCACUUCUAACAAGAGCCUUCACAAUCAUUCUUUACCUGUCCACCAGAUGCCCUCACACUUUUCUCCUUUCAUCCCACAUUGUGCCACUCCCAUCUUUCCUGCAAUCACCUCAACUCUCCUCACCUGAGCUUCACCUUUAUCUCCCACCUGCACCUCAUUUAGUCAUCACAGCAGCAGAUAAUAGAGGCACAGAGUGUGUGUGUUUCCAGCCUUAAUGGAGUCAGUACAGAACAGUCUUCUCUUUAUUCUAUCUGAUAACAAUAUAAUCUGCAAAUAA